UGUAGAUAAUUUAUGCAUUGUAUUGUCGCGUGCUAUAUGCAUGUGCCAUUAAUCACUAGGGAAUUUUCGCCAGCGUCGUGUUUCGGUAUAGGUUGGCGUCGGUAUUUAGUAAAUGUUUUACGAUUUGGCAAAAUAUAUUUUCAAAACCGUAAAGCAUACAUGUUCGCGUAUCGAUCUCACCUAUCCGAAAGUCAGGUUGGCGAACGGGCGGCACGAAAUCUCACACCGAAUUAUAAUUUGCUCGUGCGACACGUGUAAUUCAUCAGGACCGAUUCACGGACAAGUGUGGACGGAUAUUGGUUAUGUUCGCUGCUCGGGUGAAAACAAAUUCGGGAGCGAUGUAGCGCGAUUGGACAUGCCCGGUUUAUAAACGGAAAAUUUAUUCUCACACCCGACUGGAACGAAAAGCUCGCAUAAAUGUACGGCAGCAGCGGCAGGUGCAACAACGUCCCCUGCACGGAACGUCGAAACAAUGUCCGAAGGUUCUAAGAUGGGCCUAUUCGGCUCCAAGGACCGGAAUCAGGAACAGAAAGAGAAAUCUUCCAAAGAUAAUUCUCCAGCCCGUUAUGCGCCGUAUGGCAUUGACAGUGAUACCGAAACCUAUGACACCGAGGCACUGAGCAUGAUGGAUAUCAACGAUAUCAUCGGCGUGCAGUCCGGCGAGCAGAUUGGUGACUCAACUCUGGAAAGCGAGAUUGCCGCUCUCUCGCAGAUAAUUACAGAAUCGAAGGUGGAGCCGAUUUUACAGUCGGAGGAGUCCAAGACAGAAACACAACAGGAUUCUUCCGAGACGAAGAAUCCUACUUCUAGUAUUAUCUGCAUUGAUGACAUCGACAUUCCUAAUGCUAACGAAUCUAAUAUUGUAUCUGAAAAGUGUAUUAGUAGCAUCCAUGAAACACAGAAAGAGACAUUGAAUCUUGCCAGUAAAAGUAUAACACAAACAGAAUCAUCAUUUAUCACAGACAAAAGUGUUUUUGGGAGUACAGAAAUAGACUGUAUAAUUAAACGCGAUGAAGCUUCCGACAUAAAUACUAAUAAGAUAGUUAGUGAUGCAUCCACAAUUUAUACAUCAGAAUCGUCUUCCAAUGACAAGUCACUCAUUGAGAUUAAUUCAUCAACUGCUGUAUCAAGCUGUACUUCGCGAGAAACUGCCCAGAAUGAGCAACAAGCAGAUAUUAUUUCCUUGGUAGAUCAUGAGAAAAGCAUGACCGAAAAGAUGAAGGAUGAAUCUGUUGAUAAAACAGAUAAUCAAAAUAAAACCAAAACCAAUACAAGACCUAUGGUGGCAGUUGGUGGAAUUAGCAAGAGUUUGCAAUUGAUAGGAGAAGCAUAUAAUUCUGAGGAUUCAGAAGAAACAGAUGUGAAUGAUAGCGACUUGCCAAAAGAAACUUCAUCACUUCGUAUGUCUACAGAAACUUUAUUGCCAGAUAUUUCUAUAAAACAACAUAAGGAAGAUAAUUCUGAAAUGACUGAUGUGUUAAAACAAAAUACCAGGAAUUUUUCAAUGUUAAAAGACAAUACAAGUAUUUCAGAAGAAUCAAAUAUGAAGAUAGAAAAUUUCACUGAUAGCAAAAGAAAAGAACCAAAUGUAAGAGUUAAAGAGCCAGAAGAUACUAAUCAAAGUGAAACAUUACAACAAGUUUUAGAAACACAAGGUAAUAACUUUGAUUUUACAACAAAUAAAGUAGAAAAAUGUGUUAAUAAUGAGAAAUCAAAUUGCGCGCAUAAACAAAAUGAAAGUAACACAGGAAUAGAGAUGGAUUUAACUGAAGGCACAACAUUAGAUACUUUUAGUACAUUUAAUGUAUCAUCAAUGGAAAUAACGAAAAAUAUAGAAGAAAGUGAGGAAAUUAAAAAUAUUGAAUUAUCAAGUGUAUCAAUACUUAUUCCUGAAAUAGAGAAGCAAGAUGAUGCUACAAUUUCUAGUGAAAAACAAUUACCAGAUACAGGAAAAGUAAAUGAUACAAAAGAACUUGCAAAAGAUGUACUCGAACGCGAAGAUAAAAAUAUUGUUUCAGAAUCUACAAAUAAAUCUCAAGGAACAGUCAUAUCUGAUAAAAAAUUAAGUACAACAGAAGUAACAAAUAAAAAUGAUGAUACUCAGAAAGCAGACAUCAUUAUUGAAAGUUCUCAGAUAAUACACAAAGAUGUUUCAGUAACGGAUAAAAUCAAUGAUGAUCUUCAAGAAACAUCUGUUAUAAAAAUGGAUCUUGCAACAAUUGCUGCUACUUCUGAUAAUCAAGAUAAUAUGGAUGCCAACAAUGUUAAGGAAACAUCUGUGUCAAUGGAUAAAAAUUUGAUUUCAACUGCAGAUACAACUAAUGAAGAGUUAAUUUUAAAUGAAGAUACAUCAAUGAAUUAUUCAGAUAUUGAAGACAAAAAUGUAACAGCCAAUAUAAAAUUUAUAAGUAGUCAUUCGUCAAAUGAAGAAAACUCAGAUAUUUGUUCAACAAAUUUAAUAACACAAAGUGAUAUAUAUGUAAUACCUACUGAUGUUGAUAAUUCUGAGGAAACAGAUGCUCAUAAACAAGAAAAUAUCGUUGAGCAAGCAGUUGAAACGUUAAUUCCAGUCGAUAAAUCUAUUAAACAACUUUCAUGUAUAUCAGAAAAAUCUGAAAUCCAUGAUAUUACAUCUAAUAAACUUGAAAAUUUACAUUCUGCUUCAAUAUUACAUGAAAACUUAAAUGACACAGUUGAAAAUGUAAACAAGCUUGAAAUCGAAGAAACAAAAAAUGUAAAAGUACCAGAAACAGUGGAAUCGUCUGUCGAUAAAGAUCAAAAUGUAACUUUAUCAAUGGAAAAUAAACCAGAGGAAAUACUUAAUAAAUCCGAAUUAUGCGCUCAGAAUGAUCAAGCUGAUUUAAAUAUUACACAGGUGGAAAGUAAAUUAAUUUUAGAAAAUGUUACUUCUGAUGUAUUAUCAAAAAAUGAUGUAAAUCCAUCAACUGAAAAUUUAAUUGUUCCAGAAGAUAACGCAAAUUACAUGUGUGAUACAACACAAGAAGAAGAUAAAAUCGAAGAAAAUCUUAUUGCUGAAAUACCAUUGAAUAAGACGAAAUUGAAAGAAAAUGAAACCUUUAUGCCAAAUUUAGACGAAGAAAAAGUUGAAGAAACUGAAAAAGAUACUGACAAAGAAGAUAAAAAUCAUGAAAAGAAUUCGGUUUUAGAAUCAGUAAUUCCACAACUAGAAACUCCAACAAAUUUAAAAGAUAUCAAUUUACAGGAUGAUGGAGAGACUGAUAUGUGCAAUAAAACCAUAAAAACAUCUAAAAAAGAAUCAAUUGAUAUUAAUGUAACACCGAUAAUUGAGGAAAAUAAUAUGGAAACAUUGGUAGAAUCUACUAAUGCUAAAUUAAAAGACAUACACUCAAACAUCAUGAAUAUCAUCGAUAUUUCUUUGUUACAAGAAAGCUCGAGCGAAAAAACAGAUACCAAAGAAUUGAUGGAAAAAUUGCCUCAAGAUUCAGAAAAUAUAGAUGCUUCAGCUACUGCUCAAACUGUAGAUACUUUAGAAGGAUUUUUAGAUAUGUCUCUUAUGCCGGACAACGAAAAUUCCUCAUUAAAGAAUGUGAAAACUGAAGACAAAGAUUCUAUGGAAGAAAUAAUAAGUAAAAAUAUUGAUAUGGAUCUUUUAUUAGAUCAAGCGAAUCAAGGCGAAGCAGCCAUGACGCAAAAUUCGGACUACAUAACAAAUGUGAUUAGUUGUUUGACAAACAAAGAUAAUGAAGUGAGCGAAACUGAUAUCAACACACCGAGUAACGAUAAAACUACCGAAAAUGAGGAUAGUAGCUCAUUAAAAAUUAACGAAGAUAUUAGUACGAUAAAUGAGACAGCGGAUAACAAAAAGAUAGAAGAAUCUCUUGGAACAGAUAACAACUUGCAGCCGAACGAUCUGGAUAUGGACUUCGAGAAUAACAGAUUGGAAUCGGUCGACUUGGAGGAAAACGAAACGAAAUUGGAACUGCCGCAGGAUAUUCUACUGGAGAAUGUAAGUGAGAAUCUUUCCCGACAUACAGAUACCCCAACCGUCAUCGAGAAUUCGCAGUCGAGCUCGGAAAUCUCCGAAUUGGAAUCUGCGGUAAAGUUCUUGCAGGAGUCCGAAGAACAAACGAUAGACUCGUUGGUGCUCUCGCCCAAAAUGAUGGAAAGCGUCGUUGAAGACAUAACGAAACAGGCCAACGCAGAACUUUUCGUGCCCGAUGAGAUAGACAAUUAUGCGAAUGCCGAAUCUGAAUUGGCAGAUCUGAGAGACGUCGCCACCGCGUCCAUCUCUAUCUCGGAAGCCGAGAUCAUCUCGGAAGCCGCGAAGCUGGAGAAUGAACGGAAAUUUGCGACGCAGAUGCAAAAUGUUCCGAAUAUUGUCGUGAAGGACACCGAGGAGAUAAACGAAGAGAUCAAAUUAAAUGAAGAGGCUCGCACGUGUUCCAAGACUUUGUCUGAUACGGCUUCUGUUGCAGAUAGCUCCUUGGACACGCAACCAGUGGAAGAAUCACUCAAAGACAAGGAAACCACUUCCGACAUUAAGUCGAGUGAAGGUAUCCUCAAGGCGUGUGAAUUAAUACCGAGAGUGUCAAUACUGGAGGAACGAUUGAAGGAACCGCCAAAAAUCGAGAUACCAAUUCCGGAUUCGGCUAAGGUGUUAGAAACUUCCAUUAGCCCGAAUGAUAGUCUUCUCAUACCAAAGGACGCGAGAGCUAUUGCAUAUUCGAAAAUGUUAGAAUCACCAAAAUUGACCGAUAAGACUGAAUGUAAAGGCAUCGACACACCACGCAAGGAUUCCGAGAAGCACUCAGAUGUAGAAAACGUUGGUUCGCCGAGGAUAAUCCUGAAGAUCGCUAAAUCUGCGAUCACGGACUGUAGCGAGCCUCGGUCGCCGAAGAGUCCAAAGAUCCGAUCGGCUACGAAUUCGCCAAAUCCGGAAGAUAGUCCGGGUCAAAAGUUGGGUAAGAUUAAAUUGAAAUUGUCGAAGGGAGGUCAUCCUUCUAUAAUAUCCAACGAGAAUACGGAGGAAGUCAAUCAGUGGCACACUACUGAAAGUACAUCAUCUUUGUCUCCUAUCGGCAUGAAAAUUAAAUUAUCCAAAUCUGGUGACGCUUUAAUCGUAAGUACGGAGAAACACGAAACGACUUCGGACGACUCGAAGGAGACGAAAUACAAAAUUGAAGAACCAAAAAGAACGGAUUCUCCCAUCGGUAUGAAAUUAAAGGUAUCCAAAUCUGGAGACGUCUCGAUCAUUUCUGAUUCUAGGCAACAGGAUACCAAAGAAACUUUUGCGAAACACAAAGAGAAAAUAGAGAUGCCACAAGGAAGCCCGAAGAGAACAGAGUCGCCGAUCGGAAUGAAGAUCAAGCUUUCUAAGACUGGCGAUGCUUCUAUAAUUCAAACCGACAAGCAAGAAUCUUCAGAAGAGCACAAAGAAGUUACGCAAAAACGGACCGAUUCUCCGAUUGGCGUGAAAAUUAAACUGUCGAAAACGGGCGAUGCUUCUAUCAUAUCUCCAGAUACUCCUGAGGACUCAUCUACAAAGGUAAAAGAAAAGCAGGAUUUUUCAGAACUACCGAAAAGAACCGAGUCUCCGAUUGGGAUGAAGAUAAAACUAUCCAAAUGCAAAGGUGGUGCAUCUAUUAUUUCCGUAGAUAACACUGAAGAUGCAAAAGAAAAACUAGAAGUGCCCGAUCCACCUAAACGCACUGACUCGCCACUCGGUAUGAAGAUAAAGUUAUCUAAAACCGGAGACGCAUCUAUCAUACACUCGGAAGUUACAGAAGAUGUUAAGGAAAUAAAAUAUAAAGACAAAUCCGAAAUAGGACAAGAUACAGUGAAAAUGUCGGAGUCUUCCGGAAUUAAGAUGAAGGUGUUGGCAUCGUCGGUAUCGCCGGAAGUUUCUGAGGAGCAGGAUAUUCCUCAAGAUUCUGAAUCGUCUACAGGUGGCAUUCCGAAGAUCAAGGUAUCCAUAUCUGGGGAUACGUCGAUAAUCUCUAAUAAAAUGGAGCCAACAGAAGAUUCGAGAUUACGAGAAGGGCAGGAAGUACCUAAGAGAACGGAAUCUCCGCUUGGUAUGAAAAUCAAGCUGUCCAAGAGCGGCGACGCUUCUAUCGUACAGAAUGAAGCUGCCGUUGAGGAGCAUCAAAGUAAGAUAACGCGCGUACCUGAUGCGGAAUAUUCGAAAAGUGGCGACUCGUCUCUUGGAAUGAAGAUCAAAUUGUUCAAGACAGGUGACGCUUCGGUGAUAGAUACACAAUCGUCCGGUUCUUCCGAGAAGAAGGACAAGCAGCAGAGGCGCAGAGAUGCCGCCGACUCGCCGCUGGAGAUGAAGAUCAAGUUGUCCAAGACCGGUCAUCCCACUAUCGUGGCUUGUGAUAGUCACGGCGAGUCCUCUACGCAUAAAAAUAAAGAUCCAGCAAAUCUAGAUCCCGCGAUGAAUUUUUCUCACAGAUAUACGGAGCACGUUACAGUGCCUAAGGAACCUACGUUAAAGAUUCUCAAGACUAGCAGUCAUCAUUCAUCCAUUUUGCAAAGCAAUCGAUCUGAGUUGACAAUCGAACCUGUGCAGGCAGUACAAAGCAGAAAACAGCCAGAGGAAAACACCCAACAGCAAAUAGAUAUAUCGCCCAAACGUAAAGAUGUAACAAUUUCGCCAAUUGAGAGCAAAAAAUCCAAAUUGGAAGCACAACUCUCCCAGAUUCUGCCAGAAGUCACUAUCCAACCGGUGAUGUGUCGUGAUCAGAAACAGCUAUUGUUUGAUCCGAAGACGAGUCUGAUUAGUCGACAGCAGAUGAAUGUGAUCAAUCAGGAAAUUAGUAUCACGCAAGUACGGCCGAUGUUAGACAAUGCGUCUGACAAAUUCAAGGAUAUCUUGUGCAAAAAUUCGCCGGGCGGAUCAUCGGAUUGUGAAAUUAUUGAGCAUCGUCCAGAGCUGAUAAUCGUCAAUGAGAAUUCAAAUUCCAGUCAGGACGUCGUUAUCAUAGAAGAGGUAAUGCCUAAUAAAAUGACCGAUAUUAAGGUGCCAAAGAAGAGAGGUAGACCACGAAGAAAUCCCGCAACGGUACAGCAACAGCAUAUUCAACAGCAAUCAUCCUCACAAAUGCUAAUACCCAGAGAUCCUUUGGCUUUGGAUGAAGUGCAACAAAUUUCUCCACAAAAAUUUGAGCAUAGAGAAAACGAAAGACCUAAGAGAACCUGCAGGAAUCAAAAGAGUUACGCUCCGCCCAAAAGAGGCAGAGGAAGAGGUCGUGGUAAACGGAAACUGGAUAAUGUGGAGCCUCAAAUUGGAAAAAAGACUCGUAUAGAUCAAGAUUUGUCCGCUAUAGAAACAUCAACAAUGGCGGUAAUUACUAUCGAUGAAACACCAAUACAACAAGAGACACUUCGAAAAUCAUCAGAACUAUAUAAAGCAUUGAAACAACCGCCCAUAGAUCGUAAGAACACCGCGUUAAAUCGCAAGGAAGCGGGUAAGAAAGAUUCUAAAGUUCCGAACUCUGAGAUUACGAUACAACUGGAACCCGCCAGAAUAUCGUGCGUUCAAGAAGAUCCGAUGAAAGCAUCUACAAGUCAGAGCCCAUUGAUGUCAAAAGCUGGCGAACACAAGAAACCAACCUUAGAAAUCGUUUCCGAGAGGAUACAGAAAUCGUCGGCGAAGCAACACUCUGAGAAUAAAAAUAAAAUGGAUGGAAUUAAGGAGAUACCUAUUCCUCCCGGGCAUUCGAAUUGGCUGACACCAACAUCGAAGAAGCAAGAUUCAACAGCCAUCAGAGGUGAAACAGUGUCAACAGUACAAGUAAUUGAUGAGGAAACAAGAAUGAGCGCCGAAUCCGGCUCAAGGUCUCAAACACCGGCUAGGAACAUACCAGCACCAACUUCAGAGACAACAAUAAAUGAAGAAUCGCAAGGUAGUGUUCUAAGUACUGCUACGACAGAAUCAGAAAAAGUUAAAGUAAAGAAUCGAAGGAUGGAGAUUAAUUUUGAUCCUGAUGAAGGCCCUUUCACUGUUGAUAAAAUAGCAGAAUAUGAAUGGCCAUUGGAUCGAAAAGGCGAAACUUUUAUGAUACAAGAACAGAUAUCACAAUAUCUUGGUGUAAAGUCUUUUAAACGUAAAUAUCCUGAUCUCAAACGCAGAGUAGUUGAUAUGGAAGAAAGAAAUUAUUUGAGGGAGAAUGGAUUAGUCAGUGAAGCAAUGUGCGAUAUGGGACUAACUGCAAUAUGUAGUUCAGAAGUAUUAGAUGUAAUGUGCAGUGAUUUCCCCGAUCAGUAUGAAGAAUAUCGUAAGCACAUGCGCGAAAAACAAGUCAAGGAACAUUCCAAAAAACAGAAAGAGUUAACAGCAGCAGCAAAUGCUGAGAGAAAUAGGAUAGACCUUGCGGAAAUGGCGAUGCAAUCUGCAUUCACGUGGAACGCUAACUUAAAUAAAGCUCGCAAGGAGCAACGCAAAUAUUGCUUAGAUUUACAAACUUUUACGAUUCAUCAACCACAAAAGCAACACAAAUCCGAUUCGGAGCAUAAAGUAGGUCAUUAUCCUGUGGCUCUAAUACCGGGGCAAUAUACUGAUUAUUAUCGGGAGUAUACACCAGCAGAAUUGAGAUAUUAUCCAUUGAAUACAGUCUUAUAUGGACCCACGCGACCUAAUGAACGUAAAAGUGAUAGUCAAUCGGAAGGUUCUCAGAGCGAUAGCGAUAGCGAAUCGUCUUCCGACGACUCAAGUUCGUCCUCCAGUGAGGGUACGCAAGAUACAGAAGGAUCUCAAUCGACCAUGGAUGAAGUGGACAUGGAAAUCUCGAAUUCAAAGGAUGAUGCAAAGUUAAAAUGCAAAAUGUGUCUGAAAGUCCUAAAUAAACAUAAUAAAAAUGAAAUAUUAAUCCAAUGUGGUACUUGCAAUGGAAACGUUCAUCCAUCCUGUAUAGAUUUAACAUUGGAUAUGGUACCACACAUCCAAUCGUAUGCAUGGCAAUGCACCGAUUGUAAAACGUGUGCGCAAUGUCACGAUCCUGCAGACGAAGAUAAAAUGCUCUUUUGUGAUAUGUGCGAUCGUGGGUACCAUAUCUAUUGUGUUGGUUUACGACGAGUACCACAAGGAAGAUGGCAUUGUCAGGAAUGUGCCGUUUGCGCGAAUUGCGGUUCGAGGGAGCCCGGUGGUGCUAAUUCAGAUCGAAACAGCGUCGCGCAAUGGCAGCACGAAUAUAAAAAGGGCGAGAAAAAUACUCGAGUAUACGUCUCGACACUCUGUGUACCAUGUUCGAAGCUAUGGCGAAAGGGUCGCUAUUGCCCGCACUGCAGUCGCUGUCAUACCGCCCAAAGGCUCGACCUGGAAACGAAUCUAGUGCAUUGCAGCGCAUGUGACAAGUAUCUGCACUUAGAAUGCGUGGAGACCAAGGGAACAGUGGUUGACAAGAAAAAUUAUUUAUGUGAUUUCUGCACACCGUCGACCAGCCAGAAUGUGGUAAAGCCUUUAAUGUCGAAGGUGCUCAAAACGUGAAUAUGAUAAUUGUAACAUUGUCCAAAAGAAUAUCAAGUUGUAUAAUACUAAUGCCAGUGCAGUGUAUAUUAUAUUAAAGUAAAUAAGUUUUUUAUUGAGUGCGUUUGUGAGCGAUUAACGCGCAAGAUUUUCUUCUGGAGUACUUCAUGACAAACGAAUCAUAUUGUACAUAGUUGCGGAAUAAGUCAUUUAAUUUUUGUGAAUUUUUACGCAUCGUUUACCGCGAGAUAAAUAGUAAAUUGUUUAGUAAGGAAAAGACUGAAUGUUUAGUUUGGAUUAUCAACAUCUCAUCAAAAUUACAAUAUAUAAGAAAUCGCGCACUUUCCUUUGAUUAUAGAUUUUUUGACGAAUUUGGAAUUGAUUUUUAUAUAACAUCAGCUUUUUUGGUUAAACACCCCUUUUGUAAUUCAUUCUUUUGCAUAUAGUUUUGCAUACAUUAAAAAAACAAUUUUACGAAAUAAAAGAUUUAUUUAACGUAAACUAAAAAAUAAAAUGUAGUCAUAUUUAUGUUUCACAAGCUUAAUUUGCGAAAAAAAA